GGAAACACGACAUGAUGUAAACAGUGGACAGAAACACCACAAAGCAGCCAGCUAUGAGACUGGGCCGCCGGACGCCAGGCGCUGCGUUGUAGCUGUUAUGAAACAGACGGGCUGACUUUAAGUUUCUCUUUUCGACAAACAUCUCGUCCCCAGCAGGAAACGUGACAACACGCUCUGCUUUGUACGAGCUAACGUUAGCUAACGUUCGCUAGCUAGCAUUAGCAUUGAGCAAAAUGGAUGACAACAAGAUGGUGGGUGGUAAAGUGAAAAAGCCCGGGAAGCGCGGCCGCAAGCCUGCAAAGAUUGAUUUGAAGGCCAAGCUGGAGCGGAGCAGGCAAAGUGCACGGGAAUGCAGAGCCAGGAAGAAGCUGCGCUACCAGUAUCUGGAGGAGCUGGUUUCCAGCAAGGAGAGAGCCAUCUGCGCUCUGCGCGAGGAGCUGGAGAUGUACAAACAGUGGUGCUCAGCCAUGGACCAGGGGAAAAUUCCUUCAGAAAUCAAGGCCCUCCUCACAGGCGAUGAGCAGAAAAUGCCCCAAGGCAGCAGCACCAAGGCUUCCAAGAACGGGAAAAACAACAUAAACAGCAACGGCCAGGGCUAGUGGGCGUGGACGAGCCCGCCGAGCGAGCCCUGAGAAAGGGAACCGUCCACCGUGACCGAGGUCAGAGACGGGCCACACCAGGGCUUCACAGCAAAACUCCACACAGUCUUCAUCUGCUUUAGGAAAACAUUUGGUUGCAGUGACUCACGGGAUUGUGCGGGUUGUUGCAGUAAACAAGGCCAGAGGCUCUGGAAUAUUCUUCAUUUACAUCUUCCCUAUGUUUCCUAGUUAUUCCAUACAACCUAGAUAUGUGCACAUCUUUAUCUAAACUUUGAUUUGAUUGCUUAUUCACAAAUAUAAGCAAAGCUGUAUUUAUGACAGAAACCCAACCCUUAACUGCUAAAAUUGUUUUUCAGUUUUAAUGUCAAACUAAAUUAAAUCAAGCCUAUUAGUAUUAUUAUUAUAAUACAUGUGAGUGGGUUUAGUUUGCUCCGGUGUCUUAUCAAGGAGCCAUUUUGUUUGCUCUGCUCCAGCUCUUAUCAAUUUGUCAUUAAGAUUUUAGGUGAUACAGAUUCCCAAAGGGAUGUAGUUUACAAGUAAGAUUUCAUUUGAAUUUGAAUUUUGCUAAUUAUGUCUAGAAGUGCUUGCUAAUUUAAAAGAAAACAAACAAACAAAAAAAAGAUGGCCUUUGUGGUGUAGCAUUAACAUGAAGCGUUGAGGUCUGCGUGUACACGACCAGCAACAGGAAUCAAAAUGUACAAUAAUGUUUAUGUGGAGCGAAUAUAUGUUGGAUAUAUUUUUCUAUUUGUAUUUUAUAUGGACUAAGAGAAAGCACCUUGUGGAUUGUUGUGUGUUCAUGAAUGUGUCGUCUGUACCGGAGCUGUGGCUUCAGUUGGCAGAGCAAAUUGCACUUUCCCUUUUUUUUUUUUUUUUUUUUUUUUUGUGUACGCUUUGGCUUCUGCUCUUUGUGAACAUAUUUUUAGGGGGUUAUAAAUAAAUUUUACAAUUGCAGAAACUAUGACUUUUGGAAUUUGACUCAGGCAAAACUCCUUUAUUGAGCAAUUCCAUCCUUUGUAGCCAGCUGAUAUGAGAAGAGUUUUCAUCUGACGGCUCACAGCUUCACAUUAUUUGGUAUUUACAAGUAGAUCUGCCAGAUUCAUGCUGUAUUUCUCUUGGAUAUGAGUAGAGCAUCUGUUUUUUUUUUUUUUUUUUUUUUUUUUUUUUUUUGCCCAUGCACAGGAACCACCAGUUGAGGCCAAAAAAGAUCUUCACCUCAUUAAGAUCCAAGCAGUUUAUAUUUAGUAAGCCAAGCCUUCCUAAAUUGAAUGGAUGAUAGCAGGGGAGGACAGACUGAUUUGUGGGUCCCUGAAUCCAAACCUUCACACACGUGUUAUUUACCUAGCUUGUCUUUUGUGGGGGUCCUCUGGCUGUCAGCAGGCGGCCACCUUUGUUUAAUAGUAAAACCAGUUGGUGCACAAGAUCUUUUUCCACUGUGGGUUACACAGUUAUGUACAAAGCAACUUGUUAAACACUGCAGAUUCACUGCUUUUUGCUCUUGGGUUUUCUUUUUUUUUUUUUUUUCUAAUCAUCUGUCUUGCUGGCUACACACUUAGUGAGCUAAUUUUCCAUGAAAAUAUUUACACCUUGUUCAAUAGAGCAGAAAUGGUUGGUCAGCUGAGGUGAACCAAGUUCAAACUCGGUCGACUUAAAUGUAAUUCAAUCUGGGAUUAAAGAAUUAAAUCCAGUUUUAGGAAGUUUCUGGAGUUGUUUUUCCAGUGAGAAUUUAGCCCCAUCAGAUUUAUGUUCUCAUAGGCCUGCAAUUUCCCUCUCCUCAAAAUUGGAGAAAUUAUGUUUCUCAAAAUGAAGUUAAUUCCACAGCAAGUUGAAUUUAAAGGUCUAUAAGUGUCUUUAAUUUCAACUUCAUAAAAGCAGCAGGCAAUAAUAGCUGCCCCCAUGUUUGGUGCACCAGAACACGUGGGCAUUAGUCAGAGUGUUGGAUAUUUUCAAAGUCUAUAUUCAUGUGAAUUUGUUUCUGCUUCAUUUAAAGAGAAAGCACGUGAGAGCAACAGUGGUGAUGUAAUUAAAGAGAUGUACGCUACAUUGA